GGUUAGUAGUAAUUAGGAAACUAAGCCACUCCCCCAGCUAACACAGCAAGAGCAACUCUCUCUGUACGUCUCAGCUCAGUGAUUCUGUUCUCUAUAAGCUGAGUUAUGUCUAUGUCAUUAGUGGGGAAGACGAGUCAAGACAAGAAACCCUCGUUCGAUGUCUGGUGUCAGAGGGAGCUUUCUCGACUGCUGAAGUCCCAAGUCGACAGUGAGCAGGUUCAGUACCUCCUCUCCAUGGAGUUACGUAAAGAUGUCCAAGAAUACCUUGAGGGCUUAUUGGGAACAGAGAAUCGAGCUGUGCAGAAUUUUCUACGCGACUUUUUUCGUCGUUGGCGACCUCCAGAGCGACAACCUGAUUGGCCGACAUCAGAGGAAGUGGGGCAUCUAAAACCACUGGUCCGCGCAAAAGAUGAAGAACUGGUCCUCUUCACGUCUCAGAAACCAGAGGAACCACCCAAGGUUGCUCCUCCCCCUGGUUUUAAACCAACCUCCGCUCCAAGUCGAGGCAAGGAUCAUGUUGUAGUCGUCAAAGAGUCUUCUGCCACAGUGUUCAAAGAGACGCCGGCACCUCCUAAACCUACAAAAACCAUAUCUUCUUCUGGGGCAGUUGGCAAACAGAAGAAUAAGUUUGUUCCACUGAUGAGUGCAGAGGGUCGAUCUCGUACGACUGUGCUGUUGCCAGGACGACACACUUGUCAAUGUCUAGGUCAGAAACAUUCCCUGAUCAACAACUGUGUGGAGUGUGGAAGAAUCGUGUGCUCACAGGAAGGUUCUGGUCCGUGUGCGUUCUGUGGUGCUCUAGUGUGCACUCCGGAAGAGGAGGAGGUCCUCACGAGAGACUCAAAGAAGGGUCAAAAGUUCAGAGACAAGUUUCUCAAGCAGUUCCAAAUUCCAGAGGGUCAGAGAGCACUGGACCACAUUCAGAAGAGCAGUGAGGUGACUACUGGACUGACCAAGGCUAUGCAACACAAGGACAAGCUGCUCGACUUUGAUCAGACCAGUAUUAAGCGUACCAAAGUGAUUGAUGAUGAAAUGGACUAUUUCUCGGUUGACUCGAACCGCUGGCUCUCAGGUGGAGAGAAGGAACGCCUUCGUAGCAAAGAAGACGCCCUGAGGGAGAAAAGACAUGAGUCAAGACGAACUAAGGCCGUUACCAUCGACUUUACUGGUAGAAAGAUCGUUGAAGAUAAAGAGAACACUAAUGUGUACGAGGAACGACAUGCACUAGAUGCUCUCCAUGACAACACUGAGGCAGCUCACACAACCACCUCCGCACAGUCCGGAGCUCUGUACAACCCAUCGAUACCAAUAGACCCCCCUAAGUUCCAAGAAACUGCUAAGAAGUCUAAGAAGAGCGGGGGAGUAAAGGCAACAGCUGGAGUUGAAAGGAGCUCUAUUACUAGAUUACAGGACAGAACUCUGCAGGAAAUGACUGAUGAAGGCAAGUGUUUGAGCAUGCACCAACCUUGGGCCUCUCUGCUUGUGGCUGGGAUAAAAACGUGUGAGGGGAGGUCAUGGUACUCUGCCCACCGAGGGAGACUGUGGAUAGCAGCGACUGCCCAGAAACCAGACCAGAGUGAAGUGAGCAAACUGGAGCAGUUCUAUUCGUCCUAUCAUAAAGACCAGCAUGUGGAGUUUCCGAGUAGCUAUCCCUCUGGCUGCCUGCUGGGGUGUGUGGACAUGGUGGACUGUCUGCCUCAGGAGGAGUACAGGGAGCAGUUCCCUAAGGGCGAGUCAGAGUCACUCUAUGUGUUUGUGGUGGAGAAUCCUCGAGAGCUCAUUGUGAAAUUCCCUGUCAAAGGCCAGCACAAAUUGUGGAGAUUGGAUACCACCGUUCACACUAGUGCCAAGACAGGACUGAAACCAUCAAACCACAUGUACUCGCAGUCUAGCUAGCUAUAAACCUCCUGUGUACAGGUGUGUGGUGCACUGAGCUGUGUGUGUGUGUGCUUGUGACACAAUUAUUAUUGUUAUGCCAUGCUUCUUGUUUAUAGUAUUUAUUGAAAUUG